AUGGAGCAGACAGGGGGCAGAGAGAGGUGGGGCAAGCCAGGGUGUUUACCUGAGGAGGUGGUGCUGUACUGUCUGGAGCGACGCAUCUGUGACGUGAACCAUCGAGACAACGCUGGGUACUGCGCCCUGCAUGAGGCCUGCGCCCGUGGCUGGCUGGGGAUUGUACGCCACCUGGUGGAUCAUGGAGCUGACGUCAACUGCAGCGCUCAGGAUGGAACCAGACCUCUGCACGACGCAGUGGAGAACGAUCACGUGGAGGUCGUGCGUUUACUGCUGGCCUGCGGCGCCGACCCCACCCUCACCUCCUACUCUGGACGAGGACCAAUCAACAUGACCCACAGCGCUGCCAUGGAAACCUUUCUGGAGGACUAUCUCUCCGACCUCCAGGGAAGGUCAGAGGGCGAUCCAGGAAUCUGCUGGGAGUUUUACGGCAGCUCCGUGUGCGAGCCAUCCAGUGGGGGAGCAGUGUAUAACAUUCUUGCUGACCCUCCGGGGCCAGAGGAGGAGGAGGAGGGUGAAGAGGAGGACGAGGAUGAGGAGCAACGAGCCAGGAGAGAGGUGUUUGAGUUUGAACUGUCCGACCGGCCACUGCUCCCUUGCUAUAACAUCCAGGUGUCACUGUCCCAGGGGUCCAGGAACUGGCUCCUCCUCUCCGACGUCCUGGGUCGACUUCGGAUGACAUCUCGAUCUUUCCGGCGCCUCUUCCCACAGCUCAAUGUGCAGUCUGUCCCUGAGGAUGAGUUCUACCGGCAGGCGUCCCUCUCGCAGCUCCUAACGGGUCCUGAUGAGCAGGAGUUGGCCUCCUUCAGGCCGGACAUCAAGGACCCUUUGGAACUGGUGGAGGCCACCCCUGAGUUGGCCGGUAUGCUCGGCUCUUCCCUGGAGUUUGUCGACACUCGCUGGGACUCGCUGGAAGCUACUCCACCUCCAACGCCGCCCCCACCAACAUCACAAAGACUGUCAUCAAGACCACCACAACGUAUUCCAACGUCAUUAGCACCACAGCGACAGGGGGCAAAAAAAGCAGGUGCUAAAGUGGACAAUUUAUUGCAAAACAGGACUGCAGAGUCCGGACAAAGCCUAAGACUUAAAAAUCUGGGAUAUUCUACUCUGGCUAAGAUUGAAACCAAAAUGGAUGCUAGCAUGUGGGAACCAGGAGAGCUGGGAAGCAAAAACGCUCGGGUUCCUAUUCCUGCAAAGCCAAAUGUGACAGUGAGUUCUACCAUGUGGGAACUGCAAAGAUUACGAAGUAAGAAUCCUGGGAUUGCUAAUUCUGCUAAUCUGGACACUAAAAUUGACUCUAGCAUGUGGGAACCACAAAGACAACAUUGUAAGAAUACUGGGAUUGCUAAAUCUGCUAAUCCGGACUCUAAAAUAGACUCUAGCAUGUGGGAACCACAAAGACAACUAUGUAAGAAUCCUGGGAUUGCUAAAUCUGCUAAUCCGGACUCUAAAAUAGACUCUAGCAUGUGGGAACCACAAAGACAAAGUAAGAAUACUGGGAUUGCUAAAUCUGCUAAUCCGGACUCUAAAAUAGACUCCAGCAUGUGGGAACCACAAAGACAACAAUGUAAGAAUGUUGGGGUUCUUAAUUCUACUAAAUCAGACUCUAGCAUGUGGGAACCACAAAAACAACAAAGCAAGAAUACAGGGAUUGCUAAAUCUGCUAAUCUGGACUCUAAAAUAGACUCCAGCAUGUGGGAACCACAAAGACAACAAUGUAAGAAUGUUGGGGUUCUUAAUUCUACUAAAUCAGACUCUAGCAUGUGGGAACCACAAAAACAACAAAGCAAGAAUACAGGGAUUGCUAAAUCUGCUAAUCUGGACUCUAAAAUAGACUCCAGCAUGUGGGAACCACAAAGACAACAAUGUAAGAAUGUUGGGGUUCUUAAUUCUACUAAAUCAGACUCUAGCAUGUGGGAACCACAAAAACAACAAAGCAAGAAUACAGGGAUUGCUAAAUCUGCUAAUCUGGACUCUAAAAUAGACUCCAGCAUGUGGGAACCACAAAGACAACAAUGUAAGAAUGUUGGGGUUCUUAAUUCUACUAAAUCAGACUCUAGCAUGUGGGAACCACAAAAACAACAAAGCAAGAAUACAGGGAUUGCUAAAUCUGCUAAUCUGGACUCUAAAAUAGACUCCAGCAUGUGGGAACCACAAAGACAACAAUGUAAGAAUGUUGGGGUUCUUAAUUCUACUAAAUCAGACUCUAGCAUGUGGGAACCACAAAAACAACAAAGCAAGAAUACAGGGAUUGCUAAAUCUGCUAAUCUGGACUCUAAAAUAGACUCCAGCAUGUGGGAACCACAAAGACAACAAUGUAAGAAUGUUGGGGUUCUUAAUUCUACUAAAUCAGACUCUAGCAUGUGGGAACCACAAAAACAACAAAGCAAGAAUACAGGGAUUGCUAAAUCUGCUAAUCUGGACUCUAAAAUAGACUCCAGCAUGUGGGAACCACAAAGACAACAAUGUAAGAAUGUUGGGGUUCUUAAUUCUACUAAAUCAGACUCUAGCAUGUGGGAACCACAAAAACAACAAAGCAAGAAUACAGGGAUUGCAAAUUUGGCUAAUCCGGACUCUAAAAUAGACUCCAGCAUGUGGGAACCACAAAGACAACAAAGCAAGAAUACAGGGAUUGCUAAUUUAGCUAAUCCGGACUCUAAAAUAGACUCUAGCAUGUGGGAACCACAACAGCAAGGAAACAAAUCCACUAAGAGGGUUCCUGUCAAGUCCGAUGUGGCAGUUGGAACUAGCAUGUGGGAACCACAGCGACUACGAAGUAGGAGUGCUGUGAAUUCUGACACCAAAAAGGAUACUGCCCUGCCCGAACCACAGCAAAUACAAAAUACGAACAGUGCUAAUCCUACAAAUUUAAAUGGUGCAGUGGAUGCUAACACGUGGAAACAACAAAAUCAAGGGAGUAAGACCGGCGGGGUUUCUACAAACCUAGGCGAUUCAGUUGAUGGUAGUGUUUGGGAACCACAACGACUGAGAAGUAAGAAUCCUGCGAUCACCAUCCCUGCAAAGCCGAAUGCUACGGUGGAUGCUAGCACGUGGGAACACCAAAGAGUAAAGAACGUGAGUGGCAAAGCGGCCAAAAGAGAAGCUAACUCUAGUGACAACCAAGACCAAGGAGGUAAGACCAUAAAGAUGGACGCUGCCUGGCAAAAGAACCUGGGCAAUGUCAGAGUCCACAUCAGGGACCUGGGGAUGAAGGUGGGGGGAGGUACCAUCCGGAAAGACGUCAAGAAAGUGCAAGGGAAGGCCGCUGGGAAGGGUGCCAGGGUUAAAACAAGGUCAUGACAACACAAUGUAACCAGGGAAAUGAGAAGUUGUAAAUCCUGUUGACUUUCAAAAAGAGUAGUCACACUGAUCUGCUGCCAGACGGAGAACGAUUCUUCUCCACCAGAGGAGUCGGCAACAAUAAGGUAUUCCAUAAAGACAAUUAACAAUUGUAACACAAAAUCGAAACAUACAUACAUGUAAAUAUUGUAAAUGUCAUAUUUGGACAUUGAAAAGGACAGUACAUCCUCUGUGGAGAGGCUAUGGCUGUAUUGUGUGUGUUAUAUGUAUACUGUAAAUAUGCAUUUUUUUAUUUACAGUUCAAAUAUCACUGCUGUUAAAUUUGUUAUUUGUAAAUGCAGUCUGGUGUAAAUACAAUGCAGUUUCUGUCAUGUGGAUUGUUGGUUGGGAGGUUGUUUGUUACCUUUGUGUGUAAUUUUGCAUUCAGCAUCCUGUUGGCUUUCGUCACCAAACUAUUUAUUGUCCAAUAAAUAUAAACAAAUAUGUCUUAA